AUGUCAGACUCACACCAACGCAGAAGCAGUCACAACAAGACGUCCUUCUACUAUGAUAUAGAAAAAGUAGCAUCUACCCCAGAAAACUCUAAGGAUGAUGAGGAGUUGGACUCCAAGACCAACUCUGCAAAGGCUAAUAUUCAAAUGAGAAGCAGAACGUUAAACUAUGCCAUAACCAUAGUGUUCGUUAUCGUUUCCAUAGUUGCCAUCUUCAAUUUCAUUGCAUAUACUUUCAACAACAGUCCAAAGACGAUUUCAAACGAGAAUUUCAGGGCCGCAGGCUCUUCGAUACUUAAUUCUGAAAAAGAACUUCUAGACAGAUUGGUGUCGGACAAAAUAGUCAGCAACCACCUUGGUACUACGAACCCUGAUAAUAACUACAUGAAAUUUGAUGCUGAUUCUAAGUCCUUGUCGGAUAAAGUAGACAAUUUGAUCAAUGCAGAGAUCAAGAAGCAACAAGAUACCGAGGACUCUGAAAUCAACGACAAUAGUAGCAACAAUGUAGGUGGGGAUGAGAAUGACGAUGACGAUGAUGAUGACGACUCACUGAUCACUGCCCAAAAGGACUUGCAAGAGAUCUUUGCCGUCAACCCAGUCAUUAUUCUCUCACUUAACCCAGAAUCUCCAAAACAGAAAAAGUUAGAAACUAUUCUCAUGAAUAUCAAUAUCCACCCAGAACCAAAGGUUGUAGAUUUGUUCAGACAUCCGGACUACAAAAAGAUUGCUAGCUACCUCAAGUCUUUGGACAUAAAGGCAAUUCCUUCCGGAACAAGCUCUGGUAAUAUAAAAAAUGACUUGGUAUAUUCAACCCCGGACAAUGAAGACGACGAUGAAUACUCGUCCGAAGAUAAUAUUCCCCGCCUCUUCAUUGGGGGCAUGCCUACAGGAAACUUCAAGCUGAUCUUCCGUUUGUACAAGAGCAAUCUGUUACAGACUUUUCUUAGAGAACACGGAAAGGGCCAUAUCAGCAUCGGUUAA